CUCGUCACUAUGGCUCAAUUUUCGGAGGUGUUGGAACAGGUGCGGUCUGUUUUGGCCUGGGCUUCUCCUGCCGAGGUCCAGGUUCUGCUGGAUGGUCUGGUGGAGGACAGAAUUACCUCUGAGGCAAAUGACUUUCACUUCAGCCUCAGACUCAGUGACAGAAAAGCAGAACCGCAGAGCAGUACAGAACCAAUACAGAAGCCCAUAAGUGAUAGUGAAAGUGUGCAUAGAGGGAAUUUUGGAAACCAGGAGGAGUGGUUAGAGCAUGUAGAAGAAGCAGCUGCAGUAAACAUUCCUCUAUGGAAGGACUAUGAACAAGGACAACAGAUGUUGCAGGCAAUGAUUCCUCUGGAGACGAUGUUCUCUUCAAUGAGAGACGACGUGGUGUCGGACAGAGAAGCCUUCCACCCUGAUUGGGAUGUGGAAGAGGAAACCGAUCUUGCAACUGCUUGCAGGAUGCUCGAUGCAAGCACCGAUGACUCUGAGUUGUCAGAGACCAUCUCUUCAGAUAGAGCCGAACAGAAAGGGAAUAAUUUCUCAACAGUCGACCUGGCUGAACUGAACACCAGUCUGUUUAGAGUCGCCGGAGCAGCAGGAAAYGUUUCACCUGUUGAAGCCUGUUCAGGCACGGGAACAAACAGCAGUACCUGCAUUCAAGAGAGCCGGUCCGAUGUUUUCUGGCAGGAUAACAAGACAGCAGACGUAUUGGAUAACCUGUCCAGCUUAACAGAUGCAUUCAGUAGAUCAUUUUCUGCAAUACCAAAAACUACUUUUAGGCAUCUGCUUUCUUCUGGUGCUUCUCAGGACACUAAAACAGAUGAAUAUUUUCACUCCAACACUUGUUGCUUGGCGGAGGGGAUUAGAGAAGAUGAAUUCAGGUCAACAUCCUGCGACAAUGGAAUAAGAGACAUUCUUGACAGUAUGGAUUUGCUCCGGGAUGCCAAGAUGCAGGAGUUUGACCAGGACUUCCUUAUUCCUGACUUGUUACCAGAGGAUUUAAGUGAAUUGUUGAAUGAUGAAUGCUUCGAUGAGAUCUGCAAGUAUGGUUGUUUUGAAGACUUCCUCAGCGAUUGUGAGACUCCCACGCUACUCAAGGUCCCUGAUUUACCCAUCCCCGCUUCACCCAUCCCCCACCGUGAGCCUCAGACGAUCAAACAACCAAAGAAUAAGAGAAAAAGACCGAGAGUUUCUCACCUCACCAAAAAGAAUCCCACCGCAAAAAGAGCAAAAGUAACAGAUCAACCAGUCACCCCAGAGACAAAUGAUGAGCCGCCCAUCACUCCAGGUGCUGACGCAGUAUCUGUGCUAACUCCAGAGCCAGAGAGAGAGCUCCCCACCACACCACCACUGCUUCAGGUCUAUCCAUCCCCACCGGCUGCUCCCAUCCCCAUCCAGUUCAUUACUCUGCCAGAAAACUCAGGAUACCAGGUGGUCCAGUUGUCCUCUCCGCCUCCUCCUAUCAUUGGGCUUCCACUCCCCAACAUGACAGCUACACCGACAUAUAUCAUAGUUCCUGCUACCCCACCACCCUGUAAACGCCAGGUGCCCCCACUCUCUCCAGUGAAUGGCACCAUAGCACCUGUUUUGAUGAGUUCUUUCCCGCCUGGUUCUCUGUCAGAUAUGACCAGCAAAGACGUAUCCCCUCCUCCAUCCCCCGAGACUGAAGUGUCCCCCUGUAAGGAAUCACCAAAGUCCCCAGCUGUGGUUAAAAUUCCACAGGGUGUAAAAGACUAUAUUCAGCAAUACAAGGCACACAUGGCUGAAACCUGCCAAGUUAUGGAGGAAUAUCUGAGCCUGAACGAUCAUUACAUAGAUGUGCAAGUGAGCAGGAGAGAGAUCAUUCGCUCAGGAAAAAACACAAACAGAAGUCUGGACAAGGAUCUUAUUGUCAUUGGGGACAYAGAUCGCCAAAAAAGCUCAGUGGAACAGAGUCGGAUCUUCCAAAGCCUAAACGGGGACAAAUGUAACAAACGCUACAUUUUGCUGUUUGGAAAUGCAGGCAUGGGUAAAACCACGCUAAUCAAGAAGUUGUGUUUUGAUUGGUCUAAAGACUGCAUCCCCCAGUUUGAUUUUGUCUUCUUAUUAGAUGGCAAGAAGCUCACUUUAGGAGAGCCAGCCUAUAGCCUUCAAACGCUCCUGCUCAACCUUUCCUCCUACGCUUCCCCCUACACAGACUCUGGGGAAGUAUAUGCGCAAAUACUUGCAGCCCAGAAACGGGUUCUUAUCAUUUUUGACGGGUUUGAUGAGUUGCGAGACUAUGAAACAUUGCUCCAGACUCUGGAAAAAGACUUGGUAACGUCACUGCAGAGAGACGGCAAGGUGCAGGGCUUCACAGUCAAGCAGCUCUUUUCUGGCAUCCUUCAAAGAGUAUUACUUCCUGGGUGCACGCUUCUGCUCGCCACACGGCCGAGAGGUACCGCCACACAGCUGCUGCGACGCACAGACAGCCUUCUGGAGGUGUGUGGUUUCAGUCCAACAAACGUAGAGACGUACUUGUCCAAGUACUUCACGGAUCCUAUGCUCAGGGAAUCUGCUGUGGACUGCCUAAAAGCUAGCAGCUACCUGAAACUACUCUGCUGGAAUCCUGGACUCUGUCACUUGGUGUGCAUGGUUCUGGAGCAGUCCAAACCUUCAGAGAUCUUACCAAGAACUCUAACCGGGCUCUGUCAUGAUGUCUUGUGUCUAAAACUAGAAAAAGACAGAGGAAGCACGCAGUUGCCCAAUGAAACUCAGGAGCAAUCUGCACAAGAAGCCCCAACAGAAAACUCAAACAAUUCUCAAGCGGGGAAAGGUUGCAAAACUAAUCCAAAAAAGUCCAGAGGAGUACGUCAGAGUGCCCGUUGCUCCCAGAAAGCAAGGAAUGCAAAGGGAGAGGGGGGACAUCAAGAAAAAGUGGACGAGGCGAAUGUUUUAGAGGACGCAGACAGAAAAGAAGACAAAGAGUUGUUGUUCCAGCUGAGCUCUUUGGCCUGGGAGGGAGUCAAAUCGAAUUCUUCAAUCAUUCCCUCAGGAAGAGCCGUAUCUGCCAAACUGAAGGCGUUUGGCCUCAGGUUGGGGCUGCUGCUUUCUCAGCGCCUGAGGAUGACUGUCAUGCAAGAUGAUGGGGAGGGAGGAGGACGAGAGAACACAAACAAAACAAAAAGUGAGGAAGAAGGAGAAAGUAAAGACAACGGGGAAGAGGUUAACCASGUUGAACAUUGUGAUGACAGCAUCUUGUUGUGGGCCAAUCCUUUCCUUCAGAGUUAUAUAGCUGCCGUCCAUUUGUCUAUGUCAAGGGCUGUCCCCGAUCGUUCCUUUCUCCAGACCCUCCCUUUCCAGACCACAGUCAAAGGCCGACGAAAACCUAAACGGGAGGAGCUUGAGCUCACUCAACGAUUCGCCGUGGGCCUACUGUUCCACAAUCAGACAGAACUGCGGAGGCUCCAUUCAUACACAGAGACAGUUUUCAGAGACAUGGUGGUCAGCAAGCAGAUGCUGGCCACAAAACACAUAGAAAAUCUUUCGUACAGUGAACUGAGCCCGGCUCAAGUCCUGGAGGCAUGCAACUAUGUUUAUGAAGCAAGUCUGACGUAUGAAGUGGGCAGUGGAAUCCCCUCCAGCAGAAUGUUGACCCAUCUGGCAGGAAAUCUGCCAGAAUUCCUGACAUUUUGUGGAGUUUCCCUCAGUCCGCCCGAUGUGUUCACUGUGCAGAAUGCUCUCCAGCGGGGCGGAGCUGAAGGCAAAAGCUUCUGCUUGGAUCUGGAGGACUCGGGGAUAUGGAUUUGUGGACUUAGAGCUUUGACGAGUCUCAACAACAUCAAAACGUACAGGGCUUGCAUCGCCGAUGUCAUCACCCUUUGGGAGCACCUGGAGCAGAGUGACGAAAARGGACUUCUACAAGGAGCGGUGUCCAAGUUCAAGAUCCACCCUCUUAAGGCCACACAGGUGUGCCACAUCGAACACCUGGAAAAGCUGGUGAACAUACAUGUGCACAAGAGGCUGUCAGAGAGCUCCAGACAAUCAGAUUCCAUCCUAGCAGAGGGGGUACCRGCAGUCAAAGAGCUGUACAAGUUGGAAUUUGAGCUUGAUCCAGAAAACGGUCCCUUGGCUCUUCCCAAGUUCUGGGAUCUUCUGCCAGGGCUACAAAACCUGCAGCACCUCGAUUUAGAGAAUAGUAAGAUCGGGGACAAAGGAGCAGAGAAACUGGCGACUGCAUUAGUGUCCCUCGGAUGUCUGGAGAUACUAAAUCUGUCACAGAAUUGUAUCGGAGACGAAGGAGUGAAGAAACUAGCUCCCUCACUGAAGGACCUGCCCAAACUACACUGUUUAAGCCUUUACAGUAAUGUGAUUUCAGACGAAGGAUCAGAGAGUUUGGCAGCAGYUCUCCCUCACAUGGCUUCUCUAACCGAGCUCGACAUUAAAUAUAACAAGAUGACGGAUGUCGGCGCUCAGAGUUUGGGAGCCAGUUUGAGAAGUUGUAAAAAGAUUAAGACAUUAAGGAUGUGGAACCAAUGUAUUCCAUAUGGAGUGUUUGAGAGGCUUCAGCAGCAGGACAGCCGCAUCCUUUGGCAUUAAAACGGACUGAGCUUUCUUUUCUUGUUGUUUUUUGUUUUGUUUUGCAUCUAAUGCAUUCAUGUGAACACUUGAGAACAAAAAAAAAAGUAUUUGAGAAAAUUGCACUACAAAAAUGAAUUGCUGCUUUCUURGUAAGAUGAUUUGGCCUUAUUCUGGUCUGUGCUCUACAGGAUCCUCACCUCGCACUCCUGCUGUGUAACUCUUCAAUGUUUUAUACAAACUUAUCAAAAACCUUUGCACUAUUGUUUUUGUGGAUAUUGUAGAAUAACUCAAGUUGGUUUAGUUAUCCAUAAGUUUAACUGUUUUGAUUUGUUACAAAUGAUUGAUGUCUUUUUGUCUGGUCCUUUUUUAUAUCAGCACAUAUUUUCUUGUUUUUUUUCCCCCACUACAUCAUUGGUUUAUUAAAAUAACUCUCUUUUCACUUCCUCCCUGGUGGCUUUCUGUUCCUUGUAUUCAUGCAGACUAACCUCUCAGUGUAUUUGGGUGUUUGUAGAUCUUCUCAGUUAAAUGUGUUACUCUUAUCUGCUGGUUAAGCAUUAAACCCAAAGCAUUGUUAUUUAUUGUGUGCAGAUACAGUAUGCUUGAAGCAAAUGUUACUGAGAUUGCUAUUUACCAAUUUUAGCAUGCCACUAAAUACCUCUUCUGGAAAGAAAUCUAAUGAAUAAAAUCAUAACCUUUACUAACU